AUGGUAUUUCUGAAUGAUGAUGUGGCUUUUGUGAUUACGUUGCAUGCUUAUGCUUCUGAAAGAAGCAAAAUAGAGGAAGUGUCAAUGGUGGUACUAUCUGGGUUUAUUUGGCUACAGCCUUUUGUAGUUGCAAUAGAGACCAACUCCUUCACAACGUUGCAACAUUUGGCGGUAUGGGGAAAUUUUGUUGGGUUCUAUGUGAUAAACUGGAUUGUUAGUGCUAUUCCUUCAUCGGGGAUGUAUACUAUAAUGUUCAGCCUGUGUAGACAGUCAUCUUAUUGGAUAAGCAUUGGGCUGAUAGUUGGAGCAGGAAUGGGUCCAGUGCUUGCGUUGAAAUAUUUAAGAUACACAUACAGACCGAGUAAUAUUAAUGUUCUUCAACAGGCAGAGAGGUUAGGAGGGCCAUUAUUGUCCCUUGGAAAUAUAAUAGAGACUCAUCAGGGAAUAACAUCAAAUGAGAAAGAUAUGACACAUUUGAGUAUAAUAACGUCACAGAACCCAGUUUAUGAACCGCUGCUGUUAGAUUCCCCAAAUUCCACAAGAAGAUCUCUAGGGUCUGGGACACCCUUUGAGUUCUUUCAGACGUGACAGUCUCGAUUGUCCAUUAGAUACUCUAGAAACUGCAAAGACAACUAA